AUGGCAACUAACUCGAGAGCUGGAAUUGCUAAUGUGGUGCCUCCAACAUUUGCGUUGGAACCUUUUGAUAAAAUCAAAACAAAGUGGUCGCGAUGGGUAAAGCGAUUUGAGGGCGCUUUAGAGAUUUUUGGUGUUCCAGUGGCCAGUCGAAAAAACCUGAUUUUGCAUUACAUGGGCACUGAAACUUACAACAUCUUGUGCGAUCACAUAGCCCCCACAGAACCAGAGUGCAAAACGUAUGAAGAAAUAGUGACGGUGUUGGGAGAAUACUUUGACCCGGAACCACUUGAAAUGGUAGAGUUGUGGAAAUUUCGACAUCUAAAGCAGCUUGAAAAUCAAUCAGUGUUGGAAUACGCAACCAUGUUACAACGUGAAUCGAAAUAUUGCAAGUUUGAGGACUACCUCCAGAAGGGUUUACGAAAUCAGUUCGUGUUCGGUUUGCAAAAUGAAAGAAUCAAAGCGCGUUUGAUUGAAGAAAGGGAUUUGACGUUCGAGAAAGCAAAACAGGUGGCCGUUUCCAUGGAGAUUUCCGGCGAGGGAGCCUCUCUGUUGAACCGAAAGUUUCAAGAGCUGAACUUAACGGAGAAGGCAGAAGAAGUGGAUCAUGUUACACAGAGGGGUCGUCGAGAGCAGAUUACCAAUACAUGCUACAGGUGCGGAAAAGAAGGACAUUUGGCGAAUCGUUGUGUACACAUUGGAACAUACUGUAGAGGGUGCAAUAGGAAGGGCCAUCUUAAGAAGGUUUGUAUGAGACAAGGAGCCAGUUUCAAAAAAGAGUCUUCUCAGUACAAGUCUCAAAAUAAGCCUUUUAAAAAGUACCACACCAACAUGAUUGAGGAUGAAGCUGAACAAAAAUUACAAGACUACGAUGACGAAGACUACGAUGACCAACACUGCGAUGACGACACAGGUUACGGUGAUUCCCAGCCCAGGACCUCCAACGCAACGCCGACCCUGUGA